ACAGUUGUAUCACAUUCAUCUUCAUCUUCAGACAUUUGUUUUCAUGAUCUUCUUGUGAGAAAUGGGAAACUUGUUGAUGUUUUGGUGACUCUUGUGUCAAUUCAAGAGGGAAAAUCUCAUCGAAAGCAACCUUUGUCAGGAGUUGCAAUUCAUAGGACACUGUUUGAUGUGAAUGAAGAAGCUUAUGUCAAAGCUUCUCCAACAGUUCUCGGAUUUGAUGUAAAGCUUUGUGUUAUUUUAUAUGAUAAAAGCUUUACAUUGCACCUUUUUCUUUGUUUCUACAGUGCUUCGAUUUGUCUUACAAGAGUUAAAUAUGUCGAUCCACCUCUACUGUGUUCUACGCCUAUCAAGGUCUUUUCCUCAUCAAGGUUUACUACGAGGAGCCAUUAAACGGGACUAUUCAUGUUGUUGCGGGAGGUGGAGGAGCCAGUCUAGAUGAUUUCUCUUGCAUGCAGUCCAGCUGGAGCCUGCUCGGCGACAAGGACUUUGGGUUCGUCACCUUAAUUGUCGUCGAUCACUCUACCAUUCAGUUCGAGUACAGGAGAAGCAGCGACGCAGUCA